UUGGUUCGCGUCUGUGUGUCGAAUUAGGGUUUCAAGAGCUACUUGAGAAACAAAGAGCAGCAGCCCUCGUCGUUCAACCAUGAGAGCCAAGUGGAAGAAGAAGCGUAUGAGAAGAUUGAAGAGAAAGCGCCGAAAGAUGAGACAGAGGUCUAAGUAGGAUGGGGGAUUGUGUUCUAUGAGGUCUUGCAAUGGCCCUUUUGCGGCAUUGUAGGAUCUAGAUUUCUUUCAAUUCGAUGUUAGUUUUUGUUUUUCCUUGCAAAUUAGUGACAACAAGUUGUAGAGAAGCCAAGUGAAUUCUGGAAAUGGUGCAGACAGCUUGUUUCCAUCCAAACGAAUCAGCUUGGAAAGGGAAGCAUCCAUGGGGGCUGAAAGAAAACAGUUUGGCAUGCUCAAUACUUGCAAGUUAGACAGAGAAUUUGACAAUGCCCGGCUCCACUUACGCCUCCUCAAGAUUCCAAACAAGGCAAAUGCAUUUCCAACAAGAAAGAAAUUCACAGAUAAAUUAAGAGUAAUCAAGCUUGUCGUUCUUGAAAUCUGAAGUGGAAUUUGCCCUUUGAACCCAGCAUUGGAAAGAUUAAGAUGCCUCAAGUUUCCUAGUUUAUCAAAACCGAAGGAAAUGUUCAACUGAAGCUGUUGUAGGCCAAAUGGGCAGUAACCACACCCCAAAUUUAGACUCUAGAGAUGCUGGAGAUUGAAGAGACAGUUUGAAUUGUCAAUUCCAUCCAUGAUCCAUUCCUUGCUCAAAUCAAGAUCAUUAACAGGACCUUUGGCAUUACAUUUUGCACCGUCCCACACGUAACCAUCUGUGCUUUGAUUCCAGUUCACCAGUUUAACAAAAAGAGGAAUUGAACUCAAGCCUGUUCUUCAAUUGAAGCGGCAACCCCUUCCGGUUGCUUUGACGUUGACCAGAAACCAAAGCACCUUAGCCUGUUUGGUGUGGUCGGAGCUAUGAAAUCUGUUGUGAAAGGGCUGUUUUUGAGAAGUUAGAUGUGUUUUGUAAAAUUUUUUAUAAAAGUACUUGCAAAGU